AUGACACCUAGAUCCUUCUUACCCCAAAUAGUAGGCCUCUUCUACGCCCAUUUCGAUCCCACUCUCGGACCAGUUAUCCAACACCAAGUUCCCGAGAACCUCAUCACCUCCCGAGCGACGACAUACGAUCCCGAUACUCGUUCGAGAUCAAGAUCGAAAUCACGCUCUAGAUCAAGAGCACCCUUAGGACCUACUCCGAUAUCCUCUUCUUCUACUUCUUCGACAUAUCCUGGUUCUGGUCGAAGAGCUUCAUCAUCAUCAUCGUCAUCUAGGAGAUCAACAGCGACAUUGUUGAACUUCGGAUUGAUAUCUGAAUAUGUCAUUCCUAAAAAAUCCUUACAUGGUAGACUGGUUACGUUGCUCACUACUAGUAAUGCAAGUAGCGAAGAGGAUAAAAAGGAAUAUAGAGUAAUGGGGUUUCCGAAUGUGAUGACUGGAGAGGGAGGAAGAUAUAAGAGGAAUGAGUAUAUGUGGAAUUUAUGUUUCGUCUUUCAUUCGUCGAGUUCGUUGGAGGCUUUCGAGCCGGUCGUUAGAAAAUGUGCGAGGAUAUUAAGGAGUGCGGAGAGAGACUCGUCAUACCUCUCUUCGUCACGUCCUGAACAUACACCUUUACCUGCUGUGCUGGAACAACUGUUCGAAGAUCUGAAUUCUUAUUCUGAGACGUCAAUAUCAUUAGAUGGGUUCAAUUCGCUGGAGUUGAAGCUUUUCCCUUUCUAUCCCAAUCCACCGGAAUGCGAGGAUUGGCAUGUACCGAUCGCAUUAGUCAAUCUCAACGCUCUCAAGGACGAUAAUUGGGAUAUAACGGCGGCUCGAGUCUCGCAGUAUAUAGACGGUAUCAAUCAUGUGAAGAAGAUAGCGGAACUAGCGGACGCGGAUGAAGCAUUGACUAGGGAGACGCUGAAACAUAUGCUGUAUUAUCAAGUUGUGAUGAUGAUCGACAUCUUCCAAUACUCCAACAUGUACACCCUUAAACCGGCCAUAUCACGACGUGGUUCAGAUGAAACUAUAAUCAACGAAUGUCCUCCAUAUGUCACUCGACCAGGAUUCCCACAUCCCGAAUGGCCCGUUUUACUUCGUCUUUAUAGCAAGCUCACACCUGGAGUAACGGUUCACCAGUGGAUAGAAAGCAACGAAGUGUUGUCGUUAGGUAUUGAUCCCAGACGAUUUGUCUCUUUCGGUAUCAUCAAAGGAUUUCUGAGAAGGGUACAUCGAUGGCCCAAAAUGAUCGAAAGGACCUCAUCGCCUUUGAUACCGGUACCUGUCGAUACUCGACGCAGAGUAGGGUUCGAUGAAUCUGCAAGAUUAGGUUCGUCGACUACAUUAGGGACCAGAGGAGAUAAUCGAUCACAUGGUGGUGAUUCGGGUCUAUCGAGACCUGGUGGUGGUGGUGCUGGAGAAAGUGCAUUUACUUUACGAUCGGUUGGAUCGAAUGCCUCUCUUGGUGUAUCGCCCACUUCACGUCAUAUGUAUACUCCUCCGAGCAUAACGGGUAGAUCACCUAAUACGGGACAUGGGAGCAAUAGCAGACGUAAUCUGGGGUUCUCAUCUUCUACUUCCGCCUCCACAACAAAACAUCAUCAUCAGCAACAACAACAACAAUUAGGUAGAUCUCAUACUACUUCAACAUCCGUUGCUGAAUCUCAUCCGUCCACUUCUUCCCGCCGAGCUGUUGGGGGUACCUCGGUAUCUCAUUCGACAGGUACUCACGGUGAUCGACAUGGAGAGAGGGGUGCGGGGAAUAGUGGGAUUAGAUUCGGGUUGAAUGCUCGUCAGCGAGAGGAGGCAGCUGCGAUACGAGCUGCGGAAGAGAUGGAAGAGGAGCUGAUAGCUUAUUUGGAUGGGACGCAUCAUGCUGAUGAGAUUCAGGUCAGGUUCGGGAUGAGUUGGAGUAAGUUGGAGGGUAUAUUGGGAUUGGAGGAGGUUAAAGGUGGGAUGGGGAAGAAGGGGAUUACGCUGGUAUAUAAGUGA